UGACACUCGUAGCUUCAUUGAAGUUUCCUUGAUAAAGACAGCAUUUAACUAGCUCUUUGCAGACUUUUGCUACCACUAUCCACACUUUGCUUCAGAUCUCAUCCAAGCAAAACCAGUCCCCGAUAUUGUUUCCUUUCCAACUUUUGCAUUUCUGAAAAUGGCUGAGGCUUUACUUGGAGCUGUAUUUGAGAAAUUGAUCUCUCUAGCUCAGAAUGAAUUUGCAACCAUCUCUGGAAUCAAGGGAAAGGCUGAGAAGCUAUCACACACUCUUGAACUGAUCAAGGCUGUUGUUGAAGAUGCUGAGAAGAAAGAGAUAACAAACAAAUCUAUAAAGGUUUGGCUGCAGCAGCUCAAAGAUGCUGUCUACAUCCUAGAUGAUAUCCUUGAUGAAUGUUCCAUAGAAUCACUUCGACUUAAGGGAUUGUCCUCUUUAAAACCAAAGAACAUCAAGUUUCGCUAUGAGAUUGGCAACAGGCUGAAAGAGAUUGCAAGGAGAUUUGAUGAGAUUGCUGACUGUAAGAACAAGUUUGCUCUGCAAGAGGGUGUUAGGGAAAGGUCAACUGAAGUUGCUGAAUGGCGCCAAACCAGCUCGUUCAUUCCCCAACCUAAACUAUAUGGAAGAGAAGAUGAUAAGAAGAAGAUUGUGCAGUUUCUUCUCAGCCAAGCACGCGAGUCUGAUUUCCUUUCCAUCUAUCCCAUUGUCGGCUUAGGUGGCAUGGGAAAAACAACACUUGCUCAAAUGGUCUACAAUGAUGAUCAGGUAACAAGCAAUUUUGACAUCAAAGUUUGGAUUUGUGUUUCUGAGAAUUUCUCUGUCCAAAGGAUUUUGUGCUCCAUCAUAGAAUCUAUUACAAAAGCAAAACAUGAUUGCUUGAAUUUAGAUGUAACAGAAAGAAAGGUGCAAGAGCUGUUGCAAGGUAAAAGAUAUUUUCUGGUUUUGGAUGACGUGUGGAGAAAAGAUGAAGAAAUAAAAUUUGGUUUAAACCAAGACAAAUGGAAUAAGCUGAAAUGUUUGUUGUCAUGUGCAUCCAAAGGAGCUUCCAUUUUAGUAUCCACUCGCGAUAUGGAGGUUGCAACAAUUAUGGGAACAUGCCAAGCUCAUCAUUUGUGUGGUCUCUCUGAGGAUGAAUGUUGGAUGCUAUUCAAACAAUAUGCAUUUGGAACUGUAAAAGAAGAACGUGCAGAGCUUGUAGUUAUUGGCAAAGAGAUAGUAAAGAAAUGCGGAGGAUCACCUCUUGCAGCACAAGCACUAGGAGGUCUCUUACACUCAAGGAAUGAAGAAAAAGAAUGGCUUGAAGUUAUGAAAAGUGGGAUUUGGAAUUUAGCGGGUGAAAAUUCUAUUUUUGCUGUCUUGAGAUUGAGCUACUUUCAUUUAACGCCAACAAUAAGACAGUGUUUUGCAUUUUGUGCCAUGUUUCCUAAAGAUACAGAAAUCAUGAAGGAAGAUUUAAUUCAUCUUUGGAUGGCUAAUGGGUUUAUAUCACCAAGGGAGAACUUGGAGGUGGAAGAUGUUGGAAAUAUGAUUUGGAAUGAAUUGUAUCAAAAAUCAUUCUUUCAAGAUAUGAGGUUGGAUGAUUAUUCAGGUGACAUUCAUUUCAAGAUGCAUGAUCUUGUCCAUGAUCUUGCUCAGUCAAUAAUGGGGCAGGAGUGCAUUGUUUUGGGCAGUGCAAACAUGACUGAUAUGUCAAGAAGCACCCACCAUGUUGGUUUUGGCUCUGGUUGGGAUCUAUCCUCGCUGCACAAGCGCGCCUUCAAGAAAGUUGAAUCCAUGCGAACAUUUUAUCAGUUAAAUGUCUACGACCGUGUUUCUGGUUGCAUCCCAACCCACCGCAGUCUUCGGGUACUACGCACAAGUUCUUCCAACUUAUCAUCACUCAAGAGUUUAAUUCAUUUGAGGUAUUUGGAACUUUUCCGCCUUGAGAUGGAAACCUUGCCCGACUCAAUUUAUAGCUUGCAGAAAUUGGAAAUCUUGAAAUUGAGAUCUUUGAAAAAACUUGUUUGUCUACCUAAAGACUUGACUUGCUUACAGGAUCUUAGACAUCUUGUCAUUGAAGAUUGUUAUUCAUUGUCUUGUAUGUUCCCUAACAUUGGGAAAUUAUCCCGUCUGAGAACGUUAAGUAAGUACAUUGUCAGUUCAGAGAUUGGGCAUAGCCUGGCAGAAUUACAUGACUUAAAACUCAGAGGAGAUUUGCGCAUUGAAGGACUAGAAAAUGUUGGCAGUUUAUCCGAAGCUCAAGAGGCCAACUUGAUGGGUAAAAAAGACAUCCACAAAUUAGAGUUGAUAUGCGACAAGCUGUUUCACACAAAGCCAUAUGCUACUAAUCCGGAGCUAGUACUUAAUGCUCUUCAACCUCACUCAAAUCUCAAGAAUUUGAAAAUAGAAUACUAUGCAGGAUUAAAAUUCCCAACCUGGAUGGAAAUGCUCACCAAUUUAGUUUAUCUUGUGCUUUAUGGAUGCAAGAUGUGUGUGCGGCUUCCCUCACUUGGUAAACUGCCAUAUUUAAGAAGAAUUGAAAUAAGUGAAAUGAAUGAUGUGCAGUAUAUGGAUGAUGACGAAUCUGAUGAUGGUGUGGAGGUGAAAGCUUUCCCGUCAUUAGAAGAACUCUCACUAUCAGGAUGCUCAAAGUUAGAGCGGUUGUUGAAAGUGGAAAGAGGAGAGAAUUUCCCCUGUCUUUCUAGUUUGAGAAUUAAUAAAUGCCCUAAACUUGAGUUGCCAAGCUGCUGCAUUCCGUCACUCAAAAGCCUCGUUCUAUUUGAUUAUACGAAUGAGUUACUGAGGUCCCUCUCAGGUUUCAAUGGCCUUACCUCCCUUUGGCUUUACGCUGGCGAUGUAGACCUGACAUCCUUCCCGGUGGGAACAUUGUCUUCUCUUCGGACUCUGCAGAUAUAUAGUUCCGAGGUAUUGAAGGAAUUACCAAAUGAACUCUUCAAGAACCUCAACAAUUUGGACCAUCUGCAAAUCGUUUAUUGUAGGAAGCUGGAGUCUUUACCAGAGCAAGGGUGGGAAGGUCUCCGCUCCCUUCGAACUCUGCAGAUUUGGGAUUGUGGUGAAUUGAAAUCCUUGCCGGAUGGUGUUCGACACCUCACUUCACUAGAGGUUUUGAAAAUUUACGACUGCCCAGCAUUAGCCGAGAGGUGUAAAGAGGGAACAGGGGAGGAUUGGGACAAGAUAGCGCACGUUCCCAAAGUAGAAAGUACUGCCCAGCAUUAGCCGAGAAGUACAAAUUCUUAUCUAAUACGAUGAAGACUCAGACUGAUUCUGAAUUCGGCUUGUAAUUCUAAUUCAACACCAAUUUGGUUACUCUGCUAUUUCUGAUUCAAUUUUUGGUUAAUACCCAAUCGAGGAGCAAAGAAGGGAAAUAAGGAUUGAUUAGUCAUGAUGAAAAGGAGGUGGAAAAGGCCUGCAAUAACAAAGAAAACCAGCAAUGACAGCAAGCUAAAGUUGCAGAAUAUGAAGAACAUGAUGAAAAGGAACUUUUUGUUAACAAUUAUAAUGCUGCAGAGAGUGUGACAUGGAUUUCUCAUGUAUAAUCUUUCCUGAAACUGGAAAAGGUCAUUUCCAAGGUGACCAACAGACAGAAAAAUUGUAGUUGGCACUUCAAGUCUUCAACAGAUGUGAAAGUAAUCAUGGAUGAUUUUUCAGUUCCUGGAAUUAGCCGAAUGGUGUCCAACACCUCACUUCACUCCAGCUUUUGAGAAUUCAGGACUGCCCAACAUUAGCUGAGAGGUGUAAGGAGGGAACAGAGGUGGAUUCGGACAAGAUAGCGCACGUUCCCAAAGUUGAAUUCUGCAACGCGUAAUUUUGCCUAAUGGGGGAGAACUUGAACAACAAUUUGGGUACUCUGCUAUUUCUGAUUCUAUUUUUGGUUAAUACAUAUCAGAUGUCUUUGAUCUUCCUUUUGGAGACUGGAUUCCCUGACCAACUCUCAAUCGAGUACUCAAAAGAACCCUUCAUAUGGGGAGCUUCAAAAGGCAGAGCCAACCAAAGGGAGCAAGAUGAUGCACCUAGGAGAAGCUUUCAGCCAUAAAAGUAAUCUGUCAAAUUGAGCUUGCUCUCGAUGAAUGAAAUGCUGAGAGGGUUGAUCCUUUCUACUUCUCAUGGUUUGUCCACUAUUGUCAAAUUCAGUGCUUCAAGAAGAAUUCCUUCAUGGAAUUUCAUUGUAAGAGAGAAUUCCACAGGCUUGCUUGAAGACCUUGUAGAUAUUGCUCCUGAAUAUGAAGAUGAUGAGUUCCUCACUGAACCACCAGAUUCUAAUUCGAUGGAGGCAGGCAUGGACCACAAUUCAGGCACAGAAGAUAGUUAUUUCAAAAGAUAAAUUAUUUUCCAUGUUCUUUUUAAUAUUUUGGUUGUAUUGCUUUCUCCAUUGUAAAUAGUAAGAAAUCUGGUCUUGGAGGGUCUCUAUUCUUGAUUUGACUGGCAUGACUCACCAUUUGGUUCCUCACUAAAUUAAAUUAUUGGAUGAUUGGAAAUACAAUAUAUUUUUCACA